UGCUCAAACCACAAAAAUUGGAAUUCCAGUUCAGCACUUCCCUUUCGCAACUACGCGAUGGCUGUUCGUCACCUCCUUCGCCGGAGCUCGCUGGAUCGCUUCUCGGCUCGUCUCUUCUCCUCCGCUGCGUCCGCUCCCCGCCCGAUCCGCGCCACCCUCUUCCCCGGAGACGGUAUCGGUCCCGAGAUCGCCGAAUCCGUCAAGCAGGUGUUCAAUGCUGCAGAAGUGCCUAUAGAAUGGGAAGAACAUUUUGUGGGAAACAAAGUAGAUCCCAGGACAGAAAGCUUUUUGACAUGGGAAAGUCUUGAAUCAGUGCGGAGAAAUGGCGUGGGCCUGAAAGGACCUAUGGCUACACCUAUAGGAAAAGGUCACCGAUCUUUGAACCUUACUUUAAGGAAGGAACUUGGUCUCUAUGCCAAUGUUAGACCUUGCUAUAGCCUUCCUGGCUACAAAACAAGAUAUGAUGAUGUCAAUCUUGUUACUAUCCGAGAAAACACAGAAGGGGAGUACAGUGGGCUUGAGCACCAGGUUGUAAGAGGUGUUGUUGAAAGCGUCAAGAUCAUUACCCGUCAAGCUAGUUCAAGGGUGGCGGAAUAUGCCUUUCAUUAUGCUAAAACUAAUGGCAGACAAAGGGUCUCAGUUGUACACAAAGCAAACAUCAUGAGGAAGACUGAUGGCUUAUUUCUCAAGUGUUGCCGUGAAGUUGCUAAAAAAUAUCCUGAUAUAACGUAUGAGGAAGUCGUAAUUGAUAACUGCUGUAUGAUGCUCGUGAAAAAUCCUACACUCUUUGAUGUGUUAGUGAUGCCAAAUCUCUAUGGUGAUAUAAUCAGUGAUCUUUGUGCUGGCCUAAUUGGGGGUUUGGGCUUAACUCCUAGCUGCAAUAUUGGUGAAGGUGGCAUUGCUCUGGCAGAGGCUGUCCAUGGUUCAGCCCCUGAUAUUGCUGGCAAGAACCUUGCCAAUCCAACAGCCCUACUUCUGAGUGGUGUUGCCAUGCUGCGGCAUUUGAAGCUGACUGAUAAAGCAGACCGCAUCCAUGAUGCUAUUCUUAACACCAUUGCUGAAGGCAAACACCGAACUGUUGAUCUUGGUGGGACUUCAACUACCACAGAUUUUACAAAAGCAGUCUGUGAUCAUCUCUGAGCAAUUUCAUAGAUAACUUGGAAGCUUUGAUAUAGAUAAAUUACAGGAAAAUAAAGGCCGCAUUAUUUUUCCUUUCUAUUCUACUUUUUUUGGCAAUUUUUCAGUUUCCUUCACUGCAAAUGUUUUAUAAAUAAUAACGAGCGGAUCAUAGUUUAAUAUAAACUAUGGAUGAUCAGAUGUUUGGUCAUUUUAUGCUUAUCGAAUUGCAUUUCUCAUGGAUAAUUGUUUUGUAUUUAGAACUCAGAGGUAACUAGUCAAAUUAUUGGUAGUAUUGUGGCA